AGUAUUUAUUUUUCUAGUUUCCCCUUGUAAUUGAGCAAGGUGCCUGUUGCAAAGCCGUUUUCUGUUUCUCCUGCGACUCGAAGAACCCUAAUCUUGAUCAGGCAUGGGGAGCAGCAAUCUUCCUCCCAGAAUCAUCAAGGAAACCCAGAGAUUACUCAGCGAGCCAGCUCCUGGCAUUAGUGCAUCACCGUCGGAGGAGAACAUGCGCUACUUCAAUGUGAUGAUCCUUGGGCCAGCACAGUCUCCUUACGAAGGAGGUAUUUUUAAGCUUGAGUUAUUCCUGCCUCAAGAGUACCCUAUGACUGCCCCAAAGGUUCGCUUUCUCACUAAAAUCUACCAUCCAAAUAUUGACAAGCUUGGACGAAUAUGCCUUGAUAUUCUCAAAGAUAAGUGGAGUCCAGCACUACAAAUUCGAACAGUAUUGUUGAGCAUUCAAGCACUGUUGAGCGCUCCCAACCCAGAUGAUCCACUAUCUGAGAAUAUCGCUAAGCAUUGGAAGACAAAUGAAGCUGAAGCUGUAGAAACAGCAAGAGAAUGGACUCGUCUCUUUGCUAGUGGAGCAUAAUUACUCGUAGACAUUGUUCCAAAAGGUGCAAACUUUUUGGUGUUCUUGAGAACAUUUGCAACACGGUCAUUCUUUUUUGUGUUUCCAUUAGUGAUGAAUUUUGAUUGUUUCUAUCACUUAACGUAAGAGUGCAUCUGCCAGAUUUCAAACAUGACCCAAUUGGUUAUUUUCCUUAUUAUUUGCCAUUAGAGCUGUAAAUGAAUCUAACUUUUAUGAAUAAAUUUAUAUAUUUUAUUUGUAAUA